GCCGACCUUCGUGUGAAACAUCCAGAGUACAGAGUUCGUAAUCACCAUGAAGCUGUUACUGAUGAUGCUCAGCUCCGCCAUCGCCGGCCUGAGCACAGCUGACACGCGACCGGCCACGCCCAACCCGCGCCAUCUCUCCGUCGGGCUUUCCUUCGGGCUCGGAGGGCACGGCCACGGGGGCUUCUAUCCGGGCUUUGGAGGAGGCUUCUAUCCCGGCUUUGGGAGCGGCUUCCACCCUGGCUUUGGCGGGGGAUUCAACCAGGGCUUCGGAGGUGGUUUCUACCCUGGCGGCUUCGGAGGAUACCAUCCGGGAACUUUUGGCAGCUUUGGGGGAGGUUUUGGCGGGAACUUCGGCGGUGGACAUGGGGGUUUCUUCGGCUGACGCUCGCGAGGAAGCUGCAGGACACACGCCGCCCAUGACAGAGGGAGAGUUGAGGGAUAAGGAUUGGGGAUUCAAGCCUUCCCCGUGGUCCAGACGGAUUAGAAGCUAAACUAAUUUCGAGAGCAUUUCCGUAAGAAAGAAAAAAGGAGGAAAAUCGCCUAGAAACUUCUAUGGACUGUGGCCUUAACAUUCACCUCUCAUCGCAUUUUCUUCACCGCCCAUUUAGAUCACAAUUUCACGCCAUUUCGCCUAAAAAAUGACUUUCAUUCCGAUUUCACCUCAGGGUCUUAUCCAGAUUUUAGAUAAAUACUCACCUCAAAUUCCUGCUAUGACGCUGGAAGGAUAAAAAAGAAAAGGGAAACAGGUGUAAAGAAUAACCUUUAGUUAUUGCUUUCGACUUUUCCCUUCCCCUCCCCCCCCUCCUCCUCCCUCUCCUACACGUACGUCUAGUCACGCCAAGCUGUCGCCAGGCUAUUUUUUUAUUUGAUGAUAAACUAAUAAAUGUGAUAAAUGU